AUGUUGCUUGAGUCAAAUCAUAUUAAUAUCCUUUUAUCAUUUGUUCGUACAAUAUCUAAAUCAAAUGAUCCUGAUAAAUUAUUAUUAGAUAAUAAACGUUGUUCAUUAUUACUUAAUUCAUUAUUAAAACAAAUUCAAGAUCGUAGUUCAUCUGGUUCUAAAUUUUACAUUGAUCAACGUUUAGAAAAUAUAAUUACAGCUGUAGGUUAUUUAGCUGUUGAAUUAGAUGAUAAAUGCAAAAUUCGAGCACAAAUUAUUAAAGUUUUAAUUGAGUUUUAUGAGAAAAUACCAACAGCAAAAUAUUAUGAAGUAGCUACACUUAGUUAUAAAUAUGUAUUACCUUCGGCGGAAGUCUUUAGUUUUGUUCUUCAUACAAUUCUAACGGAACUUGCAGCGACAUCCGAUGAUGCCAAAUCACGAGAGAAAAUUAUGUUUCAUAUUGCGGAUAUUAUUCGACAAAUUGUUGAAGGUUUACGUAAAGCAGUUCAUGAUAAAUCGAAAGAAAAACAUCAAUCAAUCUAUCGAUUUGAAGUACCAUUUCUAUUUGGAGCAUUACGAGCAAUUGGAAGAAUAUCUGUAACCGAUCAAAGUUUAAUAUCUCAAUUAUUUCCAAUAAAUUUCAAUUUAUUAACACAAUCAACUUAUAUUGACCAGAAAGAAUCAUUAGAUAAUAAUAAUAAAACGAAUUCAAAUACAUUUCGUCCAAUUUUAUCGAAAAUUUUAUCAAAAAAUAUUCUAUCAUCAACAAAUGAUACUAUUUCACAAUUAGUAUUUUCAAAUCCAUUAGAUCAACAUGAUAUUUCAUCAACAUAUCGAUCCAUAUCGUCGACAGAAAGCACUGAUCAACAUAUAUCGGAAGAUAAUCUUCCAAUAACUUCUUUAUUUUUCUCUAUUUCUGGUUCAACAUAUCGACGUCAUCGUCGAUCAUCUUCAGAGACAAUUUCGAAUCGUUUUCGUAUUUGUUUAACUGCACCUGUUCUAGAUCAUUUACAUGAAACAUUUAAAUUAAUUGAUAAUCAUAUUGUGAAAUAUUUGGAUAAAAUAGCUAGUGAAGAACAUGAUUUAAUUCAUAAAUCAACUACUUAUGCAUCAUAUUCAAAACGUUAUUUUCCUUAUGCGUAUUUUGGUGAUAUUCUUAUUUUAUGUAUUAUAAAAUUUUUUCGUGAUAAUCUUGAAUUGCUUAAUAAAUCUUCUGAACGAUUGGUGUCAAUUAGGAAAUCUAUUUAUUUAUUUGUUCAACAAUUAAUUGCAAUCAAAGUAUUAGAUUUAGAUAAUGAUGAAUAUAAAAAAAAUUCACAUCGAUAUCGAACACGUGUUGAUGCUAAUGCAGCAGCAUUGGAAUUACUUUGUUUAUCUUGUGAUGAUGAAACAGAAGCACAAAAACUAUGUACAAAAUGUGCAGAAAAAUUCACGCAAGAAACAAUUAGUACAAAAUUAUUAUCAGUACAAAUGCCAUUAUUAAUGACAUCAUUAGAAGUAUUAAGUCGUUUAGCAGAACAACAUCAAUCAUUGUCAACAUAUACAAUACGUGCCUUAUGCGAUUUUUUAAUUGAGCCAUCACCUGUUCUUUUUAAAUUAUAUCGACAUACAAGUCAAAAACUUGAUGGAGAGGGACGUCGUUCAUAUACAAAUGAAUAUAAUCGGAAUUCAAAAGAAAAAUAUCGAGCAUAUCACAUAUUCGAAAAAUUACGAGAUACUGCAAUUGAAGGAUUAUGCAGAUCAUUAUUUAUACGUUUAAAUUCGGAUCCAAAAUGUGUUGAAGCAUUACUUACACAACUUUCGGCUAGACUUGCAUCAGGACAUAUAAAUAAUAAUACGAAUUGGAUGUUUAAUAUUAUACUGCUUGAUGCAGCACCACUUAAACAUCGUUCAGCAAUACGAAAUGAUGUUGAUAACGAAAAAUAUGAAAAUUUAUUGCAAACAUCAUUAGUUUCUCAUAAUACAAUUCUAACAUUGGGUCAUAUGGCAAUCGCUUUAAAAGAUGUUGAACAUACUCAACAAUCAAUUUUAGCUCGUUUUCAACAACGUAUUGGUGAUCCGCCAUCACCGCUUGAUAUACUUAUUAUAAAUCAAAUUGGAUCUAUGCUGAUUUCUAGUCUCCCGUCAACAACUUACGAAGAAAUUAUUCAACUUUUUACGAAAAUAAUUAUUGAUUCUACUUAUCAAACGUAUGAUAAUGCAAGUACAUCCAGUAAUACUACAGAUCGAUAUCCAACAAAAUAUAUACAAGCAUCUCAAGCUGUGAUUGAUGCAUUAGGUAAUGUUGCUGCUAAUAUACAAGAUUCAACAGAAUUAAUGAAUCUUUUAACAAGUAUUCUUGAAUUAUUUGUUCAACUUGGUUUACGAGCUAAAGAUGCAAGUGAAAAAUCGACUAAAAGUGCUCUUAAAGUUUCAAAUACAGCUGGUAGUCUUGGUAUUUUAAUACCAGUUAUUGCGGUUAUUAUGUCUCGAAUGAAUGUGAUAACAGACCCAUCCGAACGUGUUUUUCGUUUAUUUCAACGUUUUUGGUUUUAUUGUGUUUUAUAUGGAUUUACUGAAUCAGAAGGAGGUUUAUGGCCAUCAGAAUGGCAUGAUUGUAUUCGAUUUAUUUCAACUAAAUCACCUGCAUUAGUUGCUCAAAAUUUAAACUAUGUACCAUUAAAAGCUGCAAUGCCAUUAAAACCAGAACAAAUUACAAAAGAAGAUAAUAAUGAGUUAAAAUCAAAAUUAAAUUAUUUAUUCUCAUAUUAUACAGGUGCGAAAGGAUAUAUUGAUCGAUUUGGUUUUGAACAAAGUGCUUAUACACUUUCAGUGUAUUAUCUUGAAACAUUUAGAGUUCGACACUCACUCGAUCCAUCAGCAUUACAAUGUAUAUUUUCUUAUCUUGAAGAUCCAGGUUUAAUUAGAGAUAAAUAUGGUUUAUGGACAUUAAUGAUAGCUGUGGGAAGAAAAAGUCUUGCGAUUUAUGUUGAUGAAAUGAAAAAAUUACCAAAAAGUCCUGAACGAAAUAAAAAUCUUGAAGUUCAAUGUCAAUUUUUUAUGGUUAAACGAACACAUGUUCGAACAGAAGUACGAGAAGAAGCUAAACUCUAUCUACAUACAUUAUUAUCAAAAAAUGCUUUUCCACAUUUAUUCUGCAGUUCAGUUGUUAUUGAAACUCUCAUGAAUAUUAUUAAUAUUCUAUCAUAUUCAUUAAAUGAAGAUAAUUUACAUAAAGUAACUGCACAUCAUUGUAUACCGGGUACAAAUUAUACUAUUCAAUUUGUUGAUACUCAUGAAAAACGAUUGGAACUUUACAAUGCAUAUAUCGAUUUCGGUCGUACAUUUAUCGAACAAGCUUUAAUGAUAUCACCGAUAUUACUUAAAUCAUGUAUUCAACAAUAUAUGUUAAAACUUGAACAAGGAAAAAGAAAUUCCGAUGCUGCUCGUCAACAUCGAGGUUUACAUAUUAUGUGGGAAUAUUUGAGUACAUAUUCAAGAUCCGCUGAUGCUAAUUCAGCAACUAGUGGAAGUAAAAUAUAUUAUCGAAUGGAUUUUGCUGAUUAUAUGGUUUCUUUAAGUGAACGAAAUGCAGCUGUUGGAUUUGUUGAAGGACUUAAUCGUAAGGAUUUUCGAUCAGCAUUGAAACAAGUAAAAGAAGAAAUGGGAAAUGCGAUUCAUGAUCGAGUACAUUCAUUGGAUAAAUUUAAAUUAAUGCAACAACGUCGUCGACGUAUGUCAUUUGUAGCACCUCUUAAUCAUAAAGGCGUAGCACUUGAUUUCGAAGAACGAAUUGCUAUUUUUGAUAGUAAUUUUCGUUAUGGACUUUUUAAAUUAACAGCAAUGCUGAUUUAUAAUGUAGAUAAUACAGAUGAUUUUGAGAAUGAACUUAGUUUUACAACUUCUACUGGUACAUUUAAUAGAAAUAAUAGACAUAAAGAAAAUGUUCUCGAUCGAGAUAUGGUUCAUGCCUUAGCCUGGCUUCCUAUAAAAAUGUUUACAACAUCUGUAAUGGAAGCAGCUGUUGAUUGUUGGUCUUGGGCAAUAGUUGCUCGACCUGAAUUAGAAAUAUUAAUGGUAGAAGAGAUAUAUAAAGUUUGGGAGAAAAUUAUAAGUGAUCGUCACGGAUUAUAUUCAAUUGAUAAACCUGAGCCAUCUCCACUUGCUCCAUCAGAAAAUGAAGAAUUAAAACCUAAACCACCAUCGAUUAAUCCACAUCGAAUAUUUUUCAAAUUCAUUGAAGAACGUGUAUAUUUAUGUAUGCACAAAUCUGAUAUUGAAAUGGAAAUGCUUGUUGAUUUAUUUCAUAAAUCACUUUCAUUAAUAACGGAAAAUUCUAAAGCACCAAUGACGAAACAUAUUGAAUCUGUUGGUCUUAGAUUUCAACUUUUAUAUCUUGCAUUGUAUCUUGUACAAAGUGAUUAUUUAGCGACUGGUAUUAGUAAAUAUUUACUUCGAGAAAAAAUUUAUCAUACAGCAUUUGAAUAUUUUACAAUUCUUCAUCAUUGUCCAACUCAAUCACAUAAUGAAUUACGAAAUGAUAUUCGAAGAUUAAUUCGAUUUUUUUCAUUAGUACAUGGUGAAAAAAAAUUCUGUGAUGAUUCAACAUUUAAAAUUGAUUUCGAAAAUUCAAUGUCGAAUAAAAAUUCUAAUAAUGAAAUAGGUGAUGGUUCAUUAAAAAGUGGAAUACCAUCAGGUUUGAUUAAUUCAUUAGCUGGUGGUGGUGGAGCCGUGGCGGGAGUCGGCGGUCAAACAACAAUUAGUCGAAAAUCUACUUCAACAAAAAACACUGAUAAAAUCAAUGAUGCUGGAGUGUUAUCACGUGAUUUACUUAAAAAACGUAAUCUUCUUUUAACAUUACUUGCUUAUGAAAUUGAACGUUUGGAAACAUUUCAUAAUCCAUUGGGUCGUCCGGAUCUUCAAUUUGAUACAGAUACACAAUCAACAUAUACAAAUUGGAAAUUAUAUGAUAUGAAUGGAACAUCAAAUAAAGCAUGGAGAGAAUAUGGACGAUUAGCUUGGCUGAUUUCACCUGAUUUAGCUAUUAGUCUUUAUUAUGCAAUUCCAAAAGAACCAUUACGUACUGAAAUUCAACGACUUGUUAAAUCAUAUCCAUUACAAGUUCGACAUCUGCCAGAAGCAUUAAAUAUAUUUACAGUUAUAUCAGAUAAUAAUAUUCGACAUUGUGAAACAUCUCACAUUCUCACUUGGGCUUCAAUUAAUCCUGUUGCUGCACUUGCUUAUUUUGCUAGUGCACGUCUUAAUCAAGUCGCAAAUUCUUAUACAAUUCAAUUUGCUUCUCGUAUACUUUAUACAACAAAAUCCGAAGCACUUAUUUUAUAUAUUCCACAAUUAGUACAAGCUGUUCGUUACGAUGAAAUGGGUUUUGUACGUCGUCUACUUUUAGCUUUAUCAAGAAAAUCAAAUUUAUUAGCACAUCAACUUAUAUGGAAUAUUCGAACAAAUAUAUUUAAAAAUGAAACUACACCAGAUAAUGAAAUGAAAAUAAAAUUAGAACCAAUAGCACAACAAAUUGAAACAGCAUUUACAUCAACUGCAAAAGAUUUUUAUGAAAAUGUUUUUAAAUUUUCUGAUCAACUUACGAAUGUAUCAGAUAUUAUUAAAAUUUAUCCAAAAGGAAACGAACGUAAAGAAGCUUGUCUAAAAGCCUUGAAAGAAAUUGGAAGUGAAGUAAACUCUAUUGUUUAUCUUCCAUCCAAUCCUGAAGCAAUUGUAAUAUCAUUAUUACCGGAAACUGGUGCACCUAUGCAAAGUGCGGCUAAAGCACCAUAUCGAGCAACAUUUCGUGUACAAAAUGUUGGUAUCGGACAAGUUGAACGCGCUGCUGAACCUGAUUAUGUAUUUAUACCAGAUUUUAGUAAUCAAUAUAAACAAAUGGCUAUUUUUAAAGUUGGUGAUGAUGUUCGACAAGAUAUAUUAGCUUUACAAUUAAUGCGUUUAUUUCAUAAUAUUUUUGAACAAGAAGGUUUAGAAUUAUAUUUAUAUACAUAUCGAGUUAUUGCAACAAGUCCUGGUUGUGGUGUUAUUGAAUGUGUACCAGACUCUCGUUCACGUGAAGAUAUUGGUAGAAGUACUGAAGUUGGUUUAUUUGAAUAUUUUCGACAUACUUAUGGUAAAGAUGAUUCAAUAAAAUUUCAAAAAGCUCGACGAAAUUUUGUUAUAAGUAUGGCUGCAUAUUCAGUAGCACUUUUUAUGUUACAAAUAAAAGAUCGUCAUAAUGGAAAUAUAAUGAUUGAUGAUGAAGGACAUAUUAUUCAUAUAGAUUUUGGUUUUAUGUUUGAAUCAUCACCAGGUGGAAAUAUGAAAUUUGAACCGGAUAUUAAAUUAACUGCUGAAAUGAUUCUUAUUAUGGGUGAUUUAACAGCUCCUGCAUUCUUAUGGUUUAAAGAAUUAUGUAUUAAAGGCUAUUUAGCAUUAAGACCUUAUCGACAACAUUUUAUUACACUUGUUGCACUUAUGCUUGAUACUGGUUUACCAUGUUUUCGUGGUCAUACAUUAGAACAAUUAAAUGCUCGUUUUAAACCGGAUGCAAGUGAAGCUGAGGCAGCUCGUUAUAUGCAUGAAGUGAUAAAUCGUUGUGCACACAGUUUACGAACACGUAUUUAUGAUUAUAUACAAUAUCAACAAAAUUCCAUCCCAUAUUAA